UUAUAUAUAUUUGAACGUGAAUUGGGUAAAACUUUCCGAGAUAAAUAUCAAUGCUGCUUAUGGAGACUGCUUCAACAGUAUCGAAUUACAACAUCAUGCUAUUUAAUUAUAUGCCCGCCGCUAGGUCUUUCCAUGUCAUUUGGCUUUUCCCCUGAUUAAAACUUAAAUCCCGCUGGAUCUUCUCAAAAGAAAAUCUCAAAUAUCACCUUAUUCAAUAUGGGUGUGGCAACCUUGAAUUCCCUACCCAAAACUCCGUACAACACCAGCCACAGUAUCUCCGACGAGUCUGACCGGGAUGAGAUCUGCACCAGGCCAUGCUGUUUCUUUUGCACCAUGAGAGAAGCAGACACAUCCCUCAAGAGAGCAGAAAUAGGGAAGUUCUUCAAAGAGAUGCCUCUUCGAGAUAAUCAAGAUCAUGUUUUGGUGCUGAGUGGACUGUGGCAUAUUGCCAUGAACCAACCAAAUGACCCAGAGUUCCCCUCCCUUGGCAUAUUCAAGUGCAUGGCAAAUCUCAUCUACAAAGCUAUAAAGGACAGAAACUGGCUUCUUACGAAUCAAAAUAUAUACACACCCUAUUAUGCUGGUCAUAUCAUUGGUUCUUACACCAUAAAUAAGGAGGAGUAUGCUCAAAUUGCUGUUCAGUCUGGCGUGAUACCACCACUAAUGGAGCUUCUGAGAGGAAAGAUGAGCUGGGUUGAGCAAAGAGUAGCAGUUCGAGCACUAGGACACCUGGCCAGUUAUGAGAGUACUUUUCAGGCAGUAGCAGAAUACGAACAAGAAUUGGUGGAAGUGGCAAAAAACGUGGCUUCUACAAGCUUGAAAGUGGUCUUUGUUAAAUUCGUAGGGGUCAAGGACGUAAACAAAAGGCUCCAAUACCAUAGAAAAUUGCUGACAAGAGGUGCUGGGAGUGUGGAGAAGGAGAAUCGCAAGGCCGAAGAAUGGGCUAGCCAGCUUCAAUGCUGGUCUCUUCACUUGUUAAAUUGCUUCGCCUGCAAAGAGAGGUCUCUGAAUCUCAUAGCUGAUAAGGAGUUCCUGGAAGAUUUGUGUGAAAUGUGGGGUGGAUUAAUGAAUUACACGUCACCAGCUGGGGUUGGAUUGAUUAGAAUCUUGUGCUAUAGCAAAAUAGGAAGGGAAAGGAUUGUUGAUUCACCUAAAGUUAUCAACGCUUUAGGUAACCUCUCGAGAUCUUCGGACGAUUGGCAAUAUUUAGGUAUAGAUUGUCUUCUAUUGCUCCUUAAGGACCCACAGACGAGGUACAAAGUCAUUGAUCUCGCAGUUUCAUAUCUCAUUGAUCUGAUUGAACUCAGAAACCUUGGAGACAGGUCCAACGUAGGGGAAACAAUCAUGAGGGGUCUCCUUCUGCAAUAUCAACGUGGUAUUUCAAAAUCGUUGCCGGAACUGCUGCAUCUUGAGGUGGACAGGAGGAAUAUGGAGAAACUUAUGUGUGAGGAAAAAUUAGAGGAAGCAAAGGUUUUGAUAAGUUCAAUAAAGCAACAAGCAAAACACAUGUUCUGGUUAGGUGAGGUAGAAGCUGCUGUAUCGAAGUACACUGAAGCACUAGAUAUUUGUCCAUUGAGAUACAGGAAAGAAAGAAUGGUGCUGUAUAGUAAUAGGGCUCAAUGUCAUCUGGCGCUGAGAGAUCCAGAUUCAGCCAUUAGCGACUCAACUCGAGCUCUUAGCCUGUCUAACCCAGCAAACACACACGGCAAGAGCCUUUGGAGGAGGUCACAGGCAUAUGACAUGAAAGGGAUGGCCAGAGAGAGCCUGAUGGACUGCAUAAAUUUGAUGAAUGGGUGCAUCAAGAUUCCGUAUCACGCUGCUCGCAUGUUAUGCAAACAGAUGGAUGCCAUAUGGCUUUUUGGUCCUGCCCGCUCAAAGGUAACAGUAACGCAGAGCCAGUCAGUGGUGGGAAAGACAAAAGAAUCUAAUGGUCGUGAGGGCAACUAUGGAGGGCGACCACAUGUCCGUGCGAUGGUGUUUGAAAAGCAGAGGUCUCGUGCCCGGUCUGGCCGCCAUUAUUGAACAACCUCCGCUCGCAAAAGAAAGAAGAGAAAGACGGAAGGGGCAAGGAGUGCCAUGAAAACUGGUGUAGCUGGGGCAGACGUUAGCCGAUCUAAACUGGCGUGUUCCAGAUCGACCCGAUCGAUCAACGUUUGGCUCUUCGGUCUGCUUCACGAACCGUAGAUGCGCAAAAGUGAGAUGGUGUACUGGUAUGGCCCUGCACUAGGCAUGGAAUUAUGAAAGAUGACCACAUUGCCAUAAUAUAAUAUCACUGUUGUUUUUAGACCCAAAAAAAUAUAUCACUGUUGCUUCUUUCUUCUUAUA